CGAGAAAUAGUCUGACGUAACUCUGUGUUUUGAAAGUCAGUAAUAUGGUUAGACGGUCUUUUAGAGAAGUCGACGAAAAUAAAAUAACUCGCGUUUCUUUUACCAAAAUCGUCGCAGCACAGAGAUCAGUGGUUAAACAUCAAAGCCAUGCACCAGCUGACAGUAAGAGGCCUGAUGCAGAUAUGGCUGCCGCUUCUGUGGUGUACAUCAUGUAACUGUGGACCAGAUCCCAGGAAGCGUGAGGCUCUAAUGAGGCAGGAGGCAUCUAGACGGACAGGAGGGGGCAUAGAGCUCAACGAGAGAGAGAAACUCCUCGAUGCAAAGCUUCAAAAUUUAAAGCAGCAUGAAAUGGAAUCAGGACAGUUCCCCCCGUCCAUGCAUUUCUUCAAGGCGAAGCCCCUGAUUGAGAAAAGCCCUGUCUUUAGUUUGAUUCAUAAGAUGCCUAAAGGUGCGGCUCUGCAUGUUCAUGACUUUGCUAUGGUCGGGGUGGAAUGGCUGGUUAAAAACGUGACCUACAGAGAAAACUGCUAUGUGUGCUUCACGGAUGACCAUUCAGUGCAGUUUACUUUCUCUUCUGGACAGCCUGUGUCUCGUCCACGCUGCUCCUCAUGGACCCUGCUGAGAUCCCUCAGGGAGAAGAUCAAAAACAGCACUAAUUUGGACAACAGUUUCAUUCAAAAUCUCACACUCUUCACCGAGGAGCCAGACAGAGCGUAUCCUAGUCAAGAUGUUGUGUGGAAGAGAUUUGAACAGGCGUUUUUGGUGGCCUAUGGACUGGUCACCUAUGCGCCUGUAUUCAAAGACUACCUGUAUGAAGGUCUCAGACAGUUUUAUGAAGACAACGUUAUGUAUGUGGAAAUCAGGGCACUGCUGCCAUCGACAUAUGAACUAGAUGGCAGACAAAAUGAUAAAGAGUGGAAUAUGCGAGCCUGCCAAGAGGUUGUGAAAAGAUUUACGACACAUUAUCCAGACUUCUUUGGUGCUCGUGUGAUAUUUACUGUCCACAGGGGCAUAAAUGCAACUGAGGCUAUGAAGGCAGUAGAGGAGGCCAUGGAAUUACAGAGGAACUUUCCAGAAAUCAUGGCAGGCUUUGACUUUGUAGGACAAGAAGACAUUGGAAGGCCUUUGUGGUACUUCCGGGAUGCUUUGAGUCUACCAAAAGAGCGGGGUGUAAACCUAUCCUACUUUUUCCAUGCAGGAGAGACAGAUUCACAGGGAACAGAUGUUGAUCAGAACAUUAUGGAUGCUCUUCUAUUCAACACCACACGCAUAGGGCAUGGCUUCGCUUUGGCACGUCACCCUAUAGUUAAAGAGAUGUCUAGAAAGAUGGAUGUACCAAUUGAAGUUUGCCCCAUCUCCAAUCAGGUGUUAAAACUGAUUUCAGAUUUCCGGAAUCACCCUGCUGCAGUGCUGAUGGCUGAGGGUCAUCCUCUGGUGAUCAGUUCUGAUGAUCCAGCUCUCUUUGGGGCCACUGGUCUGUCUCACGAUUUCUAUGAAGCAUUCAUGGGUUUUGGAGGAAUGAGCUUUAAUCUAGGCACACUGAAAGAGCUGGUCUUGAAUUCUCUCAGGUACAGCUCCUUGCCAAGUCAAACAAAGAAAACGGCUAUUGAAACUUUGCUGGUAAAAUGGGACAAGUUUGUCUUGGAGAGUUUAUUUUAGACCACUACAGACUACUAAACAAGGGCAAUUUUAAACACUGGACUAAGUGCAUUGUUUACAGGAUAUUGUUCUCCUGUCUCUUGUUUGACAUUGGUGAAUAUACAGGGGGGUAAGUACUGUAAUUAAUGCUGCAUUACUGAUUGAGAGGAACUGACUGUAGUAUCUUGAACUGAUCUGUGCUGCCAUCUGGUGGAGAAUGUGUAGAGAAUUUUUGUUCUUCUGUUCACAACUGCUCUUUUGAACCUCAGGCCUAUGAGAGCCUUGUAUGUGCUUUUAAUACUUGCAAUCAGAUUUUUUGACAGCAAAGUACAUAAAGGUUUAUACAGAGUAGAUCACUUCUUAUUUUCCAUCUCAAGACACCUGAUUAGCCAACUAUUAUUUACAAUACCUAUGAUUUACUAAUAUCAGUACAUAUUUUUAUUGAAAAUGUAAGAUAUUUUUACUUGAAUAGUCAUGGCAGGUUGACUUAAGUUCAGUUGUUUUUAAUAUGGAAUUUUUGUUUUCAACAUGAACGUUUUAAUACAAAAUAACAAAAUGAUGGUGUCACAUAACUCUGUAUAGUAAUAAUAACCAUAUUUACUUUGACCUAUUUUAAUUACAUAGAAGUGGAGUCCCCCUUCUAUUCAGUGAAAGGCAAAAUGUUGACUGUAAAUUGAUACUUUUCAAUAUCUAUUGCUGGGCCCUAAUGGUGUUAUUUCAGGGUUCAUCUGUAUUCUUUAUCUACUGCUGGUGUUAAACUGGGAAAAAUAGCGCUCAUCAGGAAUGUUGAUGUACUCCUUCUGAAGAUGUUUCGUCCUGUAAAUGGAACAUGGAGUGUCUUCUUUUGUUAUAAAAUCUUGACAAUAAUUAAUACAAGUAACAAGAGUAACCAAAUUCUUAAUGUAAAUGGGAUUCUAAAAAUUUUAUCUUACACAAAUUUUACAAUGUAACAAUUUCCAAUUUCCU